AUGAAUCAUCAUCAAAUCAACAAACCCAUAGAAAUUCUUUUUUCUCAAGAUAAAUCACAGAUAUUAUGUAAUGUUACUAAAAAUAUUUACCAAAACACUAUUGAAGAAUACUACAAAAGAAGACCCUUUAAAUUAUUAAAGACUGAGAGAUUCUUUAAAUUAACUCCCGACGAGAUGAACUCUAAAUUUGAUAUUCAUUUAAACAGUGGCAAUGAUUUAUUUAACAAUAAUUUAGUUAAUUUUGAAGACUUUUUCCCUUCUCCUCAUCGAUUGAUUGACUCUCUGUUUGAUGAAAUUAAUAUUGAAUCAUUUGGACCUCGGAAUUUAUUCGGAAGAAAUUUUAGACGUCAAGAAGAAGAAGAGCAAUUACCAUCAUCAUCAUCAUCCUCUUCCUCGUAUUUUGAUAAGGCUCAAUUCGAUGACACUGUAUUUCAUGGGGAUAAAAAAUAA